UUGGCCCUUUGCUUCUUGCAUUUUUUAAGGGUAAAGUUUACUAAUGGACUUUUCUGGCUCAAAUAUGUGGAUAAGGUUCAUGGAACUCUUAUGCCACCUGAUGGACCCGAAUAUUGGCCAAAGAACAACAGUAGGCACCAAUGGUUGGUGUUUUAUAGAAUCAAUGGAAUGUCACUGGAAGGAAGUGGUUUAAUAGAUGGGAGAGGAGAAAAAUGGUGGGACCUCCCAUGUAAGCCUCACAAGGGACCUAAUGGGACAACACUCCCUGGACCCUGUGAUAGCCCAAUUGCCAUAAGGUUUUUUAUGAGUUCCAACUUGACUGUGCAUGGACUAAGGAUAAAGAACAGCCCCCAGUUCCAUUUCAGAUUUGAUGGCUGCAAAAACGUCCACAUAGAAUCAAUCUACAUAACAGCUCCAAAACUUAGCCCCAAUACUGAUGGAAUUCACAUAGAAAAUUCAAAUGAAGUGAAAAUAUACAAUUCUGUUAUUUCUAAUGGUGAUGAUUGUGUUUCCAUUGGAUCCGGCUGCAAUGAUGUCGAUAUUAAGAACAUUACAUGUGGACCUGGUCAUGGAAUUAGCAUUGGUAGUCUGGGGAAUCACAACUCUCGAGCCUGUGUUUCAAACAUUGUGGUGAGAGAUUCACUCAUAAAAAUGACAGAUAAUGGGGUUAGGAUCAAGACUUGGCAAGGUGGAUCAGGAUCAGUGUCUGGAGUGACAUUCAACAAUAUUCAUAUGGUUAGUGUAAGAAAUCCAAUCAUAAUUGACCAAUUCUACUGCCUCACCAAGGAUUGCACCAACAAGACCUCUGCAGUAUCUGUAUCAAAUAUUAUUUACACAAACAUAAGGGGUACUUAUGAUAUAAGGAGCCCCCCAAUGCGUUUUGCUUGCAGUGACUCUGUCCCAUGCACCAACUUAACACUCUCAGAAAUUGAGCUUCUUCCAGCUGAAGGAGACAUAGUGCAUGACCCUUUCUGCUGGAAUGCAUAUGGAGAUUUGGAGACACUAACCAUUCCACCAAUCUCAUGCUUGCUCGAGGGCACUCCUCAAUCCGUGUCAGACUUUGACAUAACUCGUUGCUGACCCAUUGCUUUCUCUGUAGGACAAAAAUGUGAGCAUGUACAUAAUUUAUUACUUGGAAGUGAUUAGGCCUUUAGGGAAUACAUAGCAUGAUGUUCACUCUAAUUAUCUUGUGAUUGUUGAGGAGUUGUGUUUUUUAUACUCCUCCCCAAUUGUAAACUAUAUGUCGUGUGAUUAUUCUGGAAUGAUUGGCGUUUGAACUUAAUUGCUUCAUUCAUUGCUGUAUAUGAGCUUGAAUUAAAUCCUGAUUACAAAUUCAAAGGACGGAGUUAACAUGAUUGAAAAAAAGACACUUAAAAAUGUGUUG